AUGGCUGUUGCGGAGUCGGUGUUGCUGCUGCCUGCCAACCUCACCUCCAGCAACCAGAGCAGCUGCAACGUGCACAACCACCACUUCUCUGCCAAAGUCACCUUCUCCCUCUUCUACAUUGCCCUGCUGGUGUUCGGUGCCUGCGGGAACAUCCUGGCUCUCUGCAUCACCUUCCAGCGCAGGAAGAAGAAACUCAACUCCACUGAUCUCUACCUGGUGAACCUGGCCCUCUCCGAUGCCCUCUUCACCCUGGCACUGCCGGGCAGGAUUGCCUACUAUAUCCGGGAGUUUGACUGGCCAUUUGGGGACUGGUUCUGCCGGGUCACAGCCUUCAUUUUCUACAUGAACACCUACGUGGGCAUCUACUUCAUGACCUGUGUGAGCGUGGACCGUUACAUCGCCGUGGUGCGCACCAGGCACCCCAGCAGGAUCCGCAAGAUGAGCCGUGCCAGGGGUGUCUGUGUCCUCAUGUGGUCCUUAGUGUUCCUGCAGACAGCGCCGCUGCUCCUGCGGCCCAUGACACAGAUGAUGGGGGACAAGUUGACGUGUAUGGAGUACUUCAACUUUGAGGAGAUUCCCAAGCUGCCCUACCUGCUCCUGGUGGCCUGCAUGCUUGGCUUCUUCCUGCCUGUGGGCAUCAUCUUGGUGUGCUAUGUGAGGAUCAACCUCAAGCUCUGCCAGACAGCCAAGGAGAACCCGCUGACGGUGAAGAAUGGGCACCACCGCCGGGCCUUCACCAUCAUCCUAGUGGUGCUGUUGGCUGUCCUGCUCUGCUUCAGUCCCUACCACCUCAAUAUAGUCCAGUUCAUGGUCAGAAAGAUCAUCUACCAGCCGUCCUGCCGUGAGCAGCAGGCCUUCAAGAUGUCCCUGCAAGUCACUGUGGCGUUCAUGAACCUCAACUGCUGCAUCGACCCCAUCAUCUACUUCUUUGCCUUCCGAGGCUACAAGCGGAGGCUGCUACGCAUCUUCAGGAACAGCGGCUCGAUGACCUCCUCCUCCACUGCCAAGACUCCCUCUGAGAGCAACAGCAAGCAGCCUGGCUCCAUCUCUGUCUAA